ACUGUAACAAAGAAGCUCCUCCGCUGCGUUUUAGAGCUUCCGCGACGCAGGUCGCCGAGCAUAAACGAAAAUCCGAAGUCAUAAAAAUGGAAGAGGUGGUUCCAUGCUCUUCCAUCGCCGUCGACUCGGCCCUUCGCAUCGGAACGGCAGGUGCAAUCUGGGGGCUCUGCAUUUCUCCUCACGAUGCUCGUGAAAAAGGGCUAACAGGAGCUGCUAAAGCUUCCUUUGUGGCAAAGUCUGUAGGCAGAUGCAGUUUUCAGUGCGGACUCAUUGCUGGUGUCUUUCAAAUGAGUCACUGUUGGAUUGAGCAAUAUAGAGGGCGAAAAGAUUGGGUUAGUUUACAUACUUUCUGACAUGGUUUCUUAUUUUACUUUUCCUCAUUUUCGGCACUUCAGCCCUUUGGUCUCUGGGAGAAGAAAAUUAGAAAAGCUUAUGUUUGUAAUGUAUGGUGCCCAAUCUUUUGUCUUAUUUUCCGAAAGGAGGGACGCUCUGAAGGGGGGAAUUGGUAAAACAAUCAUUCUGCUACUGUAUUAGAGAAAGCAGCCAAGAAAAUUUUCUUUUACUUGUUGAAAGAUGGUUUACGAGAUAAGAGUAUAUAUGAUAGUUUUCUAAUGACCUCGUCAACAGGCUGCUUGAACAGUCUGCAUGUUAACUAUUUAGUUCUCACAGUUGAUUCUUUACUGUUUGAUUCAUGCCUUGUAUGAGAUUGUCUUCUAUUUGUUAAUGUGGUUCAAGUGUACUUUUAGAAACUUAUGUGUCUAAUUUCUUUGAAGGUCCAGCUUAACAAACCUCUGAGCAUCAUUAAGGUUUUUUCUUCAGAAAAAUUCUGUGAUUGCGGGGGCUGUAGGAGCUGCUGCUGCUACUGCUGUUACUGGAAUAAGAAAAUGGGACGUGAUGGUUGCACUGGCUUGUGUUCUUUCUGGUAUUAAUGCGGCAGUUGAAUUUUCCCGAACAAAGUAAAUAUCUAAUCCUGAGAUGCCAAGGCAAUGGAGCAAGGCUACCAAUAACUUUUUGGCUGCUUUGCCAAGAGGAAGCGUCAAUGGGUUGCCCAAUUGUUGCAAGUUUGCUUGGAAACUUGAGUCCAACUAUGUUCAAUGAAGAGAAAAUUUGACAGUGUGAAACAGUUUUUUUUUUUUUUUUUGGCCAUCAAACAAAGACUGCUCUGGUAGAAUAGUUGUUGAGUGGCCAAAGAAUUCUUGAACCAUGAAUCCAUUUAAUCAAAAAGCCGCUUUUUCAAAUUCCAGGAACUUUGGCACAAAACUGUGUUUGGCAAGGACUAAUUUCUUGGAAGAAUUGUAGAGUUCAGUUAGGUAACCUGCUGUUGAAUCAUGAAUGUUCUCUUAUAACUUAAUAUGUUAGUC